AUGCACAUCCUCAUCACCGGCGCUGCCGGCUUCGUCGGUCAAUUGCUCGCAAAGGAACUCCUGAACGAUCCCACCUACCGUCUCACCUUAACGGACAUUAACCAGCCUCCGAUCCCCGCAGGCGUGCGCUACCCCGAGAAUGCCACCGCAGUCCAAGCAGAUCUCCUAACCGGGGCAAAAGACGUCGUCGACGCCUCCCUCGACGCCGUCUAUGCUUUCCACGGCAUCAUGUCGUCAGGCUCCGAGGCCAACUUCGACCUAGGCAUGACCGUCAACAUCGACGCAACGCGCAAUCUCCUCGAUGCCCUCCGACACACCUGUCCCGGGGUCCGAGUCAUUUACUCCUCCAGCCAGGCAGUGUACGGGCAGCCUUUGCCGGAGAUCGUCACCGAUAGCGUGAUCCCGACACCAGAGUCAUCCUAUGGCGCAGAGAAGAUCGUGUGCGAAACUCUGGUGAAUGAGUAUACCCGUCGGGGAUUUAUUACUGGGUUCACACUGCGGUUCCCGACGAUCUCCGUUCGUCCCGGUGCGCCGACGGCAGCGGCAUCGUCUUUCCUAUCCGGGAUGAUUCGGGAACCACUCGAUGGAAAUGCGUGUGUCAUUCCAAUUGAAGAUCGACAGUUUAAAUCAUGGCUCUGUUCACCGAAGAUCUUGGUGGAGAAUCUGAUGAUUACUCUUCGGCUUCCUGCGGACUCCGUGCCCCGACACAUUCGCCAGAUCAAUGUGCCUGGUAUCUGUGUCACGGUGCAGGGGAUGAUGGAUGCGCUGGAAGCUGUGGGGGGCAGAGAGAAGUUGGCUUUACUUUCGGAAAAGGAGGAUCCGUCGCUUGUGUCGAUUUUGAGAUCGUGGCCUACGCAGUUCGAUAAUUCGCAGGCUAUUUCGCUGGGGUUCCAGCGGGAUGUGUCUUUUGAGCAGACUGUGAGGGAUUAUCAAAAUGGGUUGAGUUGA